AUGGAGUGCGAGACUGAAUCAACUGAAACAAUGAUAAUUUUCUGGAAUCUUUUAAACGAGGUUCUCGAAGCAUAUUUACAGGAACAGAAGGAUACAAAUACAAUCCCAAAGGAUGGGCUGUCGACUAGCAUGGUGGAAAAUGGGCGGCAAGUCGAACAGUUUAUGGAGUUUGCUGUCAAUGAAAAAACUGUUUUCAAGCAGUCUGUUGUUCAUCAUACCAAAAACCUAAAAAAUCUGAAAACACAACAGAAGUUUAAAACACUUGCAGACAAGCUAAUGACAUCUGCUACACCCAAAUUUUACGACGAAGUAUAUAAUGAAAUACGAGAAUUUAUAGAGAACAAACCAAAAAAGCAAGGAUUCUUGAGUUUGUGA